AGGCCGGGCCGUGCCCGGGCCGGGCGGGGCGGGCGGAGCCGUUGGGCGGGGCGGGGCGGCCAUGGAGGCGGCCGGGUGCCUGCACGGUCCGUGCGGCCUGCACAGUGCUUGGGGCCGGGGCUGCUCGGCGUCGGCCAUGGAGGCGGCCGGGUGCCUGCACGGUCCGUGGGGCCCCAGCGGCCCGGAGCCGGCCAUGGGGGCGACCGGGUGCCUGGACGGUCCGUGCGGCGUCCACGUGUCAGAUUACACACCUUGCAUGUGGGUGUACCCACGCAGCAGGAUAGAGGUACUUGCAGACCCCAAACCACUAUUUAGCCAAGCCAGCAGUCCCACGCUUGUAUGGGGAAACCAAGAGACGAUAUGGAGCCUCACACCUGGUGCUAUGACAGCUCGACCAUCUGCAAGAACCUUGUAUCUGUGCAAGCCCAAGAAAGAUUUUACCAAGUAUGGCCGCAGUUGCAGACCAGUAAUCGGUGGGAAUCCCCUGCUACCGAAGUAUGGCUACCCUUCUGAACGGCUGCUGAGGUUGUCUGAGCCUAAGAAAUACCUCCCUGCUUACCUGGAACAAAGAUCCCGUGAGACCCCAGAGUGGCCUGUGUCCCUGGCUGCACAGAACUAUAACGCCUCCAAGCGGAUUCUGCAGCUUGCCCAGCCAAAGGGGCUGCACCCAGACUUCAUGCCCCCCAGAGAGGUUUCCACGCCAUCUUGGAAGGUAAUUGCAAGCCCUCGGACCAUUGAGCUGUCGAAGCCCAAACAACUCCACCCUAAGUUCAUGCCCGCGCGGGAUCCCGAGUGGCCUGUGACAGAGGCUGCCAAGCGUGCAGUCGCUACAAAAAGAAUUUUGGGGCUGGCCCAGCCUUCCUCAAGACCUCGCGUGGGCUUGACUGCACUCGACCCAGAUGCAUUCAAAGUGAAAGAGAGAGCUCUGAAGGCGGUUUGUACUCCACGGCUCGCAGAACUAGCUCAACCAAUUAAGCGCUAAGCUCCUUCAGAAAUGCUCCUGCCAUCUGCCCACAUCACCCCUUGGAACAUCACUCUCUCUGGCUGUGCUGUGGCUGCAAAAUCUCUUUGAACACAGCACAGAGGCAGCACUCGGCAGGAACGCUUUCUGGGAGUUAAAAUAAAAUCAU